AUGAAUAGUUUUCAGGUCUACGAGCCUGGUGGCGGCAGCGGUGGUGGUCUGACGAAACGGCAGCAGGCCAUCCUCGCCCUCCCCACCACGUACCUGGGCCUCAACUCGGGACCGAAACCAGGCACCGUCGCAGCCAUCGUGCUCGGGUCGGUCGGCGGGUUCUUGCUCAUCAUCUACCUCAUCUGGGCGGCCCUCAACUACGGGAACGUGUUCGGUUUCAGGCGCGGGGUCGUCGCAGAGGACGUCGUUCGUCAACGCCGGCCACGCAGCAGCAGGCGAGGGGGCACUGUCGUCGAGGAGACCAUCGAGGUGGACCGGCGAAGUUCAGUACGGCGACGAGGAGCGUCGACGGUGCGAGAAGUCGAAGAGUCUGCGACUGUGGAGGAGUGA